AUGCGAUUGAAUUUGGAUGGAAAACUUUUAAAAAGUGGAUAUAAUAAUGUAUGUUUUGAAAAUUUAAUGAAUUUUUUUUUGUUUGAAUUUAAAUUCAAUUAAUUUUCUUUUUCUCAACAAAUUUAGGAUCCACCAUAUACAUUGAUACAAUCAUCAAUCAAUCGAUUGUAUGGUAUUGAACCGAAAAUUAUUCGUACAAUGGCCAAAUAUUUUAAUUUUACAAUAAAAUUUAUUGAUUGUAAAAAUAAUUAUGGAAAUCGAUUAUCGAAUGGUUCAUUUAAUGGUAUGAUGGGAAUGUUAGAAAAUGAACAAAUUGAUUUUGGUAUUGGUGGUGUUAUGAUGAGCUAUGAACGAAAUUCAAUUAUCAGAUAUCUUUAUACAUAUCAAAUGGAUCAUCUUACAUUUAUAACCAAUCAAGAUUACCAAACACAGAUUAAUUAUUAUCUAUUGAUAACACCAUUCACCGGUCAAGUAUGGCUAAUGAUAUUAUUCAUUUUGUUAUUAUUUUAUCUGAUAAAACAAAUUCGUAUAAAUUUAAUGAUCAAAUGUAAACAACAACAACAACAAUCUUUUGUUGAUGAUUAUCAUGAUGAUCUAUGGAUUGGUAUUGGUUUAUUUUUUCGUCAACCAUAUUAUCGAUUACAAUCAACAAAUUUAUCAAUAAAAAUUAUGAUGUUAUGUUGGGCUAUAUCAGCAUUGAUACUAUCAACAUUGUAUGCCGGUUUUCUAACAUCAACAUUGUCCAUACCAAAUAAUAAUUGUAUCGAUACAAUUCAACGUUUAGCUGAUGAAUGUUAUGCACAGAAUAUUAUACCAUUAAUACAGGCCAAUACAAGUGCCAUCAAAAUAUUUUCUAUGUCUGAUCGAAAUGAUUUUCAAAUGAUAUGGCAAAAAACUCAACAAAUUGUCAAUACGGAACAAGGAAUACAAAUGAUUUUUGAACAGAAUUCAAAUGGAAAAAAAUUCUCAUUAAUUACAUCAAGAUAUCCAUUACAAUAUUAUCAAUUUAAAUAUGGAAAAAAUUUGUUAUAUUUACCACCCGAACAAUUAGAAUCAUCAUUUUAUCCAUUUUUUGUAUCGAUUCCAAUAAGAAAAACAUUUGAACAUAUCGAAUCAUUCAAUAUAUUGUAG